GAGAGCUUCUUUCGUCAUGGCAGUGACAUUGUCGUCGGAGAUGGAGAGCUACAUGGAGGGAUCGAUCGCGCAUAUGGUAGGGCUCUCUUGCGCGGAUCAGCAGCUGCGCGAGAAGCUCCAGCUCGCGGAGCGCUCGCAGCUCGAUUUGCAGAGCCAGGUCCACUGCUUGCAAGAGAGAUUGCGGGAGAUCCAGCAGAAAUACAACACGGCCAAGGUGGAGGCGAGCUUGAGCGCGCAGGCGCUGAAGAGGCAGAUCGCCGAGACGCAGAAGGUCGCGGAGUAUUGCAAGCAUCUCAGCGAGGAGUGCUCGCGGCUGGAGAACGAGUGCCUGCUCUACCACAACGAUAGGCAGAUUUUCAUGGAGGCGGCGGAUGAUGCCGAGGAGAGGGCCGCGGCGGCGGAGCAUCGCGCGGCGGAUGAGCUCCGGGAGGAAUUCGAGCAACGGCGGAAUCGGAUGGAGGAGGAGCGCCUGGUUCACGACAUGGUGGCGUCGGCAGUGAACGCUGCCGCUCUUAGAGCUGUGGAGCGGGAGAGGGACGCGGCCGUGCACAAGAUGAGAGCUUCCGAGAGGUGCGUCCAGGGAUUGUUUGGGGAGAUCCAAGACUUGAGGAAGGACGCGCAGCAGUACGAAGCCAAUCUCAAGAAGGCGGAAGUCGAGGUGGAAUUUCUCUACCAGGAGAACAACGAGCUCAAGCUUUUGCUGGGAGGGAAGUAUCCAGGCUCGACGGGGCAAGCAAUCUCACCGCUACACAUCCAAGGAGUAAGAUCAAGUGUCAUGCUGCCAAGCCGGGCUGUACGCUGCUAGGCUUGUCUUCCAGACAACCUCUUACACCACUCCGGUCCAAUCUCGCCGAGUGGAGACGACAAUACAGAUGAGAAAAACUUUGCAAAGAGCUCGAGCAUCGCCAUCGCUGGGAAGCACUGCGAGCAAAGCGAACGACGACUUGUAAAUUCAUCUGGCACGGAGGUUUUUGUAGCUCCGGAAGUUUGCAAGGCAAACUUUUUUUGUUGUUACUUUUUUAAAAUGACGAAUAUACUUGAGAUGCCUGUGUUGCCCUGA